AUGUCUCAAUACGCAAGUUCAUCCUCAUGGACUUCUUUCUUGAAGUCAAUCGCUUCAUUUAACGGAGAUCUUUCGUCAUUAUCGGCACCUCCAUUUAUUCUAUCUCCAAUCUCAUUGACCGAAUUUUCACAAUACUGGGCUGAACAUCCAGAGUUGUUCUUGGAACCUUCUUUCAUCAAUGAAGAUAAUUAUAAAGAGCAUUGUCCGAUCGACCCAGAAGUCGAGUCUGCAGAAAUCUCUCGUAUGUUGGCAGUUACCAAAUGGUUUAUUUCUACUCUGAAAUCCCAGUACUGUUCUCGUAAUGAAUCUUUGGGUUCUGAGAAAAAACCUUUGAACCCAUUUUUGGGUGAAUUGUUUGUUGGUAAAUGGGAAAAUAAGGAGCAUCCUGAAUUUGGCGAAACUGUUUUGUUGAGCGAACAAGUCUCUCACCACCCACCCGUCACAGCCUUUUCUGUCUUCAAUGACAAGAAUAAAGUGAAACUGCAAGGCUACAACCAAAUCAAAGCUAGUUUCACUAAAUCCUUAAUGCUCACCGUUAAGCAAUUUGGCCACACUAUGUUAGAUAUUCAUGAUGAAAGUUACUUGGUCACUCCACCUCCAUUACAUAUUGAAGGUAUCCUUGUUGCUUCGCCUUUCGUUGAAUUGGAAGGUAAAUCAUACAUCCAAUCUUCCACAGGCUUGCUAUGUGUCAUUGAAUUUUCAGGUAGAGGUUAUUUCUCUGGUAAGAAGAAUUCUUUCAAAGCUAGAAUUUACAAGGACUCUAAAGAUAGUAAAGAUAAAGAAAAGGCGUUGUACACGAUAUCUGGGCAAUGGUCUGGCUCUUCGAAGAUCACCAAGGCUAACAGAAAAGAAGAAUCACGAUUAUUUUAUGAUGCUGCUAGAAUUCCUGCUGAACAUUUGAAUGUCAAAUCCCUUGAAGACCAGCAUCCUCUAGAAAGUAGAAAAGCCUGGUACGAUGUGGCUGGUGCUAUCAAAUUAGGUGAUUUCAAUCUGAUUGCAAAGACAAAAAGUGAAUUGGAAGAAACACAAAGAGAAUUAAGAAAAGUGGAAGAGGCUAAAGGUAUCAGCUGGCAAAGAAGAUGGUUUAAAGAUUUCGACUACUCUGUAACACCUGAGGAAGGUGCAUUCGUACCUGAAAAGGAUGACACUUUCUCUAAGCUUGCUUCUGCUUUGAAUUUAUCAACAAAGAAUACUCCAAGUGGUACUUUAGUUGGCGACAAGGAAGAUAGGAAGGAAGAUAUCUCGUCCAUUCAUUGGAGAUUCCAGAGAGAAUUAUGGGAUGAUGAAAAAGAAAUUGUUUUGUAA